AUGAUCAACAAUAUCAACAAUGCCCACACCCACUACACGGUGUGGCCAAUAUUUUACCUCUUUUGCUUUUCCAUGGCUUUUGAGUUGUUCCCACCGCUAAAUCCACCAAAUGAUUUGACUGACGUGCUUCCACCGAUAACUGAUUUAGAUCCAGAAUCAACCAGUUUGUCAAGCUUGUCCAAUAUUACCUACCAUACCAUAUCCAACCGCCUGCGACUCACUCUGAAAUACUUCCAAUCAUUAAUAAAUCACAACCCAAAGACAGUCAUUUACAUCACUGACACAAAUACUCUGAUUGCACCUAUUGAUGAAGUGCUCAUGCAUGAUAACCCAUCAAAUCUUUCCACAUUGACUUACCUUGAAAUCAAGCAUAGAUUCAAAAAGAGAGUGAAGUACAACUACAUCCCCGUGUCUCCAUGUAUAUCGAGCCGUACAUUUCAAUUGGACCCUCCACUUAUGGGAAUAGCAUGGACUCAUCGAGUGGCAAUUUCAUUGAGAUAUACAUCUACAGUUGGUGGAUCGAUAAGUGGUAGUACUGGAUCACCAUAUUUUUUCAAUACAACUACAUUCGGUAUUACAUUAGGAGAAAAAUUACGGUUGAAAUAUGGUAAAGAACGGGCUUGGGAUAACUUGGUUGCUUGUUAUUCGACUGAGUCUGCUGCGAGAUUGUUUGGGUACAUUCCUUUGCAAGUCAUUGAUUCAAGAUUAAGAGUGAUUAAACUCAACAAGAGUGAGAGUAUUGGCGAAGAUGAUGAGGAGGAGAAGGGGUUGGAGUGGGGACAGCAGUGGUUUCGACAUCCGCCGAGAUUAGUUAUUGACAAACUGCAACUGGUUAGAUUGGUUUGUGAUGUUGGUAGUCGAGAGAAAUUGAAAUGUGAUACCAAGAGUGGGAGUAUUAGGGACCCCUAUGGUAAUGAAAUGAUUUGGGAGAAUAUAUAUUAG